UUUCAUUAAGUCAUUUGAUGGAACAAAUAGCAAAAUGUGUUGUGAAGUCAUAAAUCUGAAGAAUUAAAGAUUGCUUGUUUUCCCUGUUUAUCAGGGCCUAGGGCACAUGAAGGAGCAGGUGGGAAAUCCUUAUCAGGAGGAGGUCAGGGCUUUCAAGUUAAGGCUAUAACUUCAUAUCUUCCUUGAGUUAAUCUGUUACCCAGUUAACAACUUUUUGAACUAUGUAUCGAAGCUGAAAGAAAUGGUCUUUUCUGCUGUAUUGUUACUGUGUUCUCAAAAUUGCAGAUAUAUUUAAGAACUUCUGCACGAUGGCAAGGAAGGGAUAAUGAAUCCUGCCUGGCUUUUCUAGGUACCAUUCAUUAGUGGAUUUGACUUGCUUUAUAAGAGAGCUUGUUCACAGUGUGCCUCUUAGAGAGAGGAAGCAACCCAGCUGCUCCAUACUGGAGAGCAGAGCUCAGAUUUGGCAAAGCCUCCAGUAAAUGAACCAAGGGAAGCGGAACAGUUUCUAAUGCAGACGCCCCAGGGAAAUCCACUGCUGCUUUCCCACACCCUCCAAGAGCUAUUGAGCAAGGACAGCGUGCAGGUGGAGCUUAUACCUGAGAAGAAGGGACUUUUCCUGAAACAUGUGGAAUAUGAGGUUUCCAGCAAGCGAUUCAAGUGCUCGGUGUACAGAAGAUACAACGACUUUGUGGUGUUCCACGAGAUGCUGCUGCAGAAGUUCCCCUACCGCAUGGUGCCAGCACUGCCCCCAAAGAGAGUGCUGGGAGCUGAUCGUGAGUUCAUAGAAUCGAGGAGGAGAGCGCUGAAGCGAUUUAUAAACCUGGUGGCUCGACAUCCCCCCUUCUCAGAAGAUGUGCUCUUGAAACUCUUUCUGUCCUUCAGUGGCUCAGAUGUACAGAAUAAGCUAAGGGAAUUGGUCCAGGGAGUAGGAGAUGAAUUUGUGACUUGCAGAUUAGCUACCCAGGCCAAGGACUUCCUCCCAGCUGACAUUCAGGCCCAGUUUGCUGCCAGCAGGGAGCUGAUCAGAAAUAUUUAUAACAGCUUUUAUAAGCUCCGGGACCGCGCGGAGAGAAUCGCUUCCCGAGCCAUCGAUAACGCCUCCGACCUCCUCAUAUUUGGGAAGGAGCUGAGUGCUUUGGGCUCAGACACUACUCCACUUCCUUCCUGGGCUGCUUUGAACAACAACACAUGGGGGACUCUGAAACAAGCCUUGAAGGGUCUGUCUGUUGAAUUUGCACUUUUGGCAGAUAAGGCUGUGCAGCAGGGUAAACAGGAAGAGAAUGAUGUGGUGGAGAAGUUGAACCUUUUCCUGGAUUUACUCCAGUCCUAUAAAGACCUGUGUGAAAGGCAUGAGAAGGGGGUAUUGCACAAGCACCAGCGAGCGUUGCACAAGUACAGCAUGAUGAAGAAGCAGAUGAUGAGUGCCACUGUGCAGAACAAAGAGCCAGAAUCGGUGGAGCAACUGGAGUCUCGGAUUGUGGAGCAAGAAAACGCGAUCAUAACCAUGGAGCUGCGGAAUUACUUCUCCCUGUACUGCCUGCACCAGGAGACACAGCUCAUCCACAUCUACCUGCCUCUCACAUCUCACAUUUUGGGGGCCUUUGUCAACUCCCAGAUUCAGGGUCACAAAGAGAUGAGUAAAGUUUGGAAUGAAUUGAAGCCGAAGUUGAGCUGCCUUUUUGUGGGAUCCAGCAGUAUGCCAACUCCACCACUGUCACCUCCAGAGGGAAACUUCUUUUCCAAUUAAUGUUCCAAGCGUCCCACACGGAGCAAGAAGGGCAAUCAACGAAGGGGUGGGACCUCUACCUCCAAUGAAUCCUCCAAACAGCUAUUUUUUUUUUUUAAUAUUGCUGCUUUGAGCUGUUCUCUGAUUUAGACAGACUGGAUGUGGGGCAGAACAUAUGGAUAUAGAGACAAUUUUGUAAUAUUGCAAUGCCCUGGGGCAGAGCUGAUGUUCAUUAUCCUGCAGACACUCCUCAUGGGGUCGGGACAUGGCCUGGCACAGCGAGUGCUGCAGGGUUUGUUGUUGCUGAGGCCUCUGCAUCUUGUACUAACAGUCCUCCAAUCAUGUUUAUCUGCAGCUGUGCUGACACAUCUCUGCACGUCUCUGAAGUGCUGAGAUGAACAGGAUAGCUGAAGCACUUGCUUGUAGUGGAGAUAAAUUGCUUUUUUUAUACCUUGGAGGGCCUGUGUUAGGGACAUGUGUGCAUAAGGAAAGCUGAAAGCCAUCCCCCAUCCCAUUGUAGGUGUCUGGAUUUGAUUUCUUACUGCUAGACCUUAGCACAAAAUGAAUGAAGUGGUUGGAUUUUGUAACCCAGCUGGGCAGGGGUCAGUGCUGCUCUGUGACAGGGAUUUUCCUGAUGGUGCUGGAUGGACUGUAUUGUCAGUUUGUUUCCCUUCACGGUUGAAGGGCAGCCUGGGGACUUGCUCAUAUUUUUCAGUUUGGGGCCAAAGACAGCUGGGUUCAGGAACUCAGAGGAGUUUGCCUGGCAUAAAUGAGAAAAUAAUUGACAAAAACAUUCCUUAAUUGUAAACCACUUGUACUACAGGAGUGGAACAGCUACAAGGUAGCUUGUUUAUUUCUUCUGGAGGUUCUGACCUCCAUCUGGUAAGUAGCAGUUCAGAUCUGUUGGAGAGCUGCUGACCCAAAGGCUGGUGUUUUCUUUGGUGUAAUAUCAGAAGUAUCCUGUUGCACCAGCAGGCUGGAACACAGUGCUGAUAAAGUUCAUUAGCAAAAAUUCAGUAUUAUCAGGAUGUUACUGUCAUUCUUCCUGGCUGUGGGCAGCAUUGCAGUAUGCUUGUUUAUGAAGGAGAGUAGACAAAUAGGUGGAAGUUGUCAUCUCUAAAAACACCACAGCACUUGGUAAUGGGGUUUUCAGAAUGGUUUGUGGUUGUGAUAAAGGGACUAAACAUUCCCCACUUUGCAUCUCCAGUGGCUUUGCCUUGGGAGGCACAGGGGGAGAACGUGCAUAUCGUGUUACCUCAGGGGAAAUGGUGCACAUUCUCCAGAGAAACUGAUAAUCAAACUGCAAACGUCUGCACAAAACUCUGUGUGAACAGCACUCCCUGAACCUAACUUCUCUGGGGCCAAAAUAGCUUCCAAAGGGGAAUUUGUGACUUGGCUUCUUAGCAUUUUCCUUGAAUGGGUAAAAAAGGAAGCACAUUAACAAGGAUGAGUGCUUGCUGUUAAAUCGGAACCAUUACAGUAUUUUCCCACUGGGGAACUUCCCCAUUAUCAGGAAAUAUAUUUAAAUCCUCCAAUCACAAAAGCUGUUUUGUUUUGUUUGUUUUUUUUUUUCAUUUAGAAAUUUCAGUGCAACAUGAAACUCUUCCUAGCCCAGGUGGAAAUUCUGGAUUAGUUUCUUCAGCUAGGAGCAAGAUAAGUUAUUUGCCCGGUUUCAGGAGACUGAAUAACCAUUACUCACACUCCUCAAAAUGGAGUAAAUACACUGCUAUGGGUGAAUUCCUUGAAUGUUGGGCCUUAAGCAGUGUGUAGCCAACCUUGCACAGAUUGCAUUAAAGAGCUUUUUCCAACAAUUCAAAUAUUAACUCACUUUCCUCCUGCACAUGGGCCUUGUCCAGUGAGACAGAUGAACUGCAAAUGGCUGUGACAGAUUUGAUUCUCUCCUGGAGAUUUCCUAAGUGAUGCAGAAGUAAUUCUGCUCACAAGCUGGAGCAAACUGUCAGGGGAGGGAAAUGUUUCUACAGUCCAGUUACAGAGAAGAUAUAAUCUCAGGCAUGGUACAACAGGUUUUUUCUGCUUGACCUUGUCUUGAUUAGAAAGAUGGUUUGUGGUUCAAGUGUGGAAAGUGUGUUACCAGACUUUUCCAUGCUCUUCACUCCUGGCAUUAUCAGAAGGUGCUGGCUGGUUAUGGCUGGCUUAGUCUGAGCACCCAUCCUCCUUUACUUGUUUGCCUGAUGUGGUGAACAGUGAAAUUGAGAAAAUACUGUAUGUUUUGGGGCAAGAUCUGACAAUUUAUGAUGGGUCUCAUAAGUUACUUGUUUGACUGGGCAGUGUUCUGUAAGAGUGCUAGCAAAGGAUCAGCCUGAAUGGAACUUUGCAUUUCUCACUUCUAGAAAAACAUUACAAUUUUGAACUUGAUUUAAAAUCAAAAAACAACCCCCCAAAAAGCAAACAUCAAAAUGACAUUAGGGCUUUAGACUAACUCCUCUUUCCUGUUCACCUUCAGGCAGAAAUUGUACAGUCCUAGUGCAGAGACUGUAACAAUAACAGACACCCCACAGCACCUAUAAAGAAACUGAAAUUACCUUGUUUUGAGAAACACCCCAUGCCUCCAUUGUCAGCCCCAUGUGUGUCUUUGAGGAGAGUUUUGGGGGUGGGCUUUUCUUGUUUUGGUUUUACUCUGUUCACCAGAUAUUUGAGAACUGAGGCCCAGUAUUCUCAAAGCUGAUCCAGCUGCUGGCACUUUCAGAGUUUAUUUCAUACUGGACUGUCAAGCUUCUGUCUCAUUCCUGAACACAUGCAGACACUAUUUCAUACAACCCUUAGUUUGCAAACCUUUCUUUUGAGAGACUGGUCAGUGUGCAAAGAGCACUGUUUGUUUACCUCAAUGUGUGAGGGAUUUCCUUACUGUCUUUGUUCUGUUCAGUUUAUGGAUCUGUCAGACUUGGAGGGCAGCAUCAAGUACAGCUUUCUUCCUCCAGAGGGAAGCAGCAGAGACUCCAAGGAUCCAUCAAGCUGUUUGUCUGUCCUAGCCAAUGUGGGGAAAACAGUUGUAGUUACCUCCCUGCUCUUGCCUUCUGCAGUAAACACUAACCAAGCCAGACUAAUUGAGGAGUGUGUGCUGCCUGUCUGAGAUCUGAAGCUCCUGUAAGAUGCAGUGCCAAAGUGUUAAUGUGCUUUUGUGAAUGGAAGCUUUUCUGUGUGUGCUUGAGGUCAGGGGACUUUGAUGUGCUCAAAGGAGUGAUGGCAGAAAAGCCUGCAGUGUCUGUCAGAGCAGUCCUGGAGGUACCAGGGUAGUAAACACCUGAGACCUUGAAAGGCUGCCUGAAAAUUGUUCUCUGAAAAGGACUCUAUGUUUUGUCACUCCUGAGGGCUUCUCCACUUCCAGCUGUGAAGUGGGAAUAUACAAGCUUUUUGUCAGUAUCGUGUUGAGAGGCUCAAGACUCUAUUUACAAUACCUUAAAUCUUGUAUCCUUCUUUCCCUCUCCUUCCAUCUUCCUGGUGAGUUGCUCCUCCUAAGUUGUAAAGUGUUCAACGGUGCCUUGCUACAUUCCAGUGCUUUUAACUCUCCUUUAACCGUGGAAGGAUAUAAUUCCUGGAAUUUGUAACAGGUGAAUUUACACUCUUCAGUUUGUGCUGUUUACUAAAAGACAAAGAUCACCAGCUGGGGACAGAACUUACUUAAACCAUGUCAGUCUCAUGGCAGCAGGAGCAGUAACAUCCCAGCUCUUUGACAAGAGCUAAAAAUCAGGGUUGGGGAAGCACCUUCCUGAAAGGACUCACCUGACUGCAGAGGGGAUAACAGAAGUGCAAGCUUGAGCCAUGCUUGUUUUUUUCCUACCCAAACUCCUGGAGGAACAGAAAGUAAUUCUGUGUGAUUGUCACAUGGUUUGUGGUUGUCACAGCAAUUUACAGUUUCUAUCAGGAAAUAAACCAAGGUAUUUAACAGGUAUUGGCUGCCAGUCAUGCCCUUUCCUACCAUGCAGUAAGGUCCUACACUCUGUCAAAGCUGCUUGUCCUUUUGUGCUUUUUCUAUUUGCCCCAAACCAUUCUCUCUGUUCGAGCAGCCAGGAACCCUCACUGCCAGGUCAGAAGCAGAGGUGGGUCUCAAAACCUCUCUAAAUAAGUGUGCAGCACAAAAGGUAAAGUAAGGUUUUAAGGUGUAAUUCAUCCUAAGUCUGAGCUGUGGCUUGCUGAGCAGAUGAAGAAGGAUGUGUUUGAGUGGUAUAAAUUUUUCAAAACUGCUGGAAGGAGACAAGAAACAAACAUAGUUCAGAGGGUGUGAAUUUUGCCUGCCUGGAAUAUCCUAUAUCUUUGCUUUGCUCAAAUAGCCUUAUGUAUGAAGCACUUUAUUCAAAUGCAGGAAUUAAAGAACUAUUACAGCUGGUAGACUGGAAAUGUUUACAGAUCCUACAUGACAUUCCAAGAUUCUAUCUGUAAGUGUUACAUGUUGUAAAAGUGUUUGAAAAAAGGAAAAAAAACAAACCCAACUUGUGUAAGAAGUUACAUAUGUGAUGUGUUAUUUCUGGCAUGAUUGGAUUAAACUUGUGCUGCCCACCA